AUGGAUUGUUCCGGCGAGCUCAAGCGCCACUUCGAGGAGGCUGACGAGGCAGUGUCGCCGGAGGUGAAGCGCCUCAGAGCCGACCUACUCUUUGACAUACUCGACGACGACGCCGGCCCUACCGGCGAGCAGGACCUUGAGUUUGUCAUGAAGAGCUUGGAGGAGGAGAUCGGCCUCCCGGCCCCUGCUCCGCUUCCCGUCUCGCAGCUCUCGGAGGAGAGAUAUGAGGUGGUGGCGCAGCCUGAUAUAGGGUUCUUGUUCGAGGCCUCUGACGAUGAGCUCGGACUCCCGCCGACCGACGCCCCGUCGUCUGCGGACGAGCGCGGGGUUGCCGCGGAGGAGGAGGUCGGGGUUUCGGUGGACGCUGAGGUUGCCGGGGUCGGCCAGAUCUGGGGGCCCGACGACGCUGCCGACGGGUUCGGCCUCUGGAUGCAGCCGGAGGAGCCGGAGGAGGCAACCGUGGCGACUGAGGAUGCAAUAGCGUUGGAUGGCGCACUGUUUGAUUACACCGAUGAGGUUUCCGGACCGUACGAUAUAUCUGAUCAAACGUGGCGAACUGAGUCGCUCCCUGCCGUCUGA